AUGGCCAGAACUGAAAAGGGCGCCAUUAUCCAUAAUCAGGAGAACAUACCUCCAAGAGCAGAGACCACUGCUCCUGUGGUGUCAGAGGUGCACCCCCAGAAGUCAGCCUCGUGGUCCUUUCGCUCUUUUCACAAGGACAGUCAUGUCAUUCAGAACAGGAGUCACAGUCCAGUCUGCCACAUCUCAGGUCAGGAGGAAGACCCUGGGCUUUACCAGUGUAUGGUGGCCACUAAGGAUGACCUAGCCCAGAAACAAAGUCAACAGCUGGAGAUCUAAGUACAGGUGCUUGUAUCCAACUCGGAGGUUACUCUGCGACACGAAGCCACUAACCCUGCUGUAGGAUACACAGUGGAGUUUCUCUGUGAGACCCAGAGGGGCUCCCUUCCAAUCUUGCACUCAUUCUACCUUGAUGGAGAAGUCCUAGGGGAGUUCCGGGCUUCUGCUGAUAGAGUGGCCCCACUCCUCAUCUCAGUGAAGGCAGAGUGGUGUGCUCAGAACUGUUCCUGAGAAGCUUAAAACAAGGUCUCCAGAGAGAGGAGUGAGCCAGAGAAGUUCCCCUUGGCUGGUUUGUUUUGUCCCACACCAUCUCGGAGCCCCAGGGAUUGCUGGAAAUCAGAUCUCACUUUUCUGUCCCCUCCCACCACACCUAGCACAACAAUGACUUGUGGCAGGCUCUGCCUAACAUGGACCACAGACCCCAGUCGGAAUGUCUAUCCUCUGAACCGACAGAGUUGGGGGAGCCCCAUGGCGAAGGAGCUACAUGGCCAAGCAUAA